UGGGAGAUGUCUCACUGCCGGUGUUGUGGGAAAGCCAAGCCUUCCCGUCCACCAUGCUUGCUGCCGCACACCGAGCUUCUCCUGACUGGAGACGGAGGCCCACCUGUCAAAAUUACCCACCGUCUCCGGCAGCUUCUACGUCUAGAGGUAUGUAGGUGCUCACUCUAGUCUUCAGCAACGCGACGUCUUCACCCACAUUGGAUCCGUUGGGGACGACUUCCUUUCCAUCACCUCCUUCUUAGUCCUGCUCUGCUGGCUGACUUUGCCUACCGAUCAUUAAAAACAUAUUUUAAUAUGCUUAUAGAGGUUUACAAUCCAGCCAUUCAAAGAAAACAGCUCCAACUUACACCCUACUGUGGAAAUACCUUCUAAGAAGUAAAACCAAAAUAGUUCGUUGCCGGAAAAGUGCAAAGUGAGGGAACAUAGCUCCCGAGUGACAACGUCUUUGUUUCCCGUAACCCUGCUUUUCUUUCUCACCUAAAUAUAUCCUAAAUAUCCUAAAUAUAAUUUCGAACGAUCGUUCUUUGUGUUAAGCCUAAGAGCGGCUCCCAGGACAUUUUCCGGAGUCCCCGUCUCCGAAGCUCAUGGCGCUAGCAUCACUUCACUGUCCUAAUUGCGAACUGUUUGUUGACACCUGAUGAGAUGAAAGUGCUCCUCGGUUGAAAGGACACCAGAAGGAAACGCAAAGGGGACUUGUGGAGCAAGAAAGGCCGGAAGCCGGCUGCCCCGCUGAGUAGGUGCCUGCCUGGAGCCCUCAAGUGCUCGCCCAGGGGUGAGGCAGCUGGAGGAAGCUGCUUUCCCAGGCACCAUGGCCAGCCAGCAGCGUGUGGCAUCCCGACACUCAUCAUGAGUAGCUCAGUGUCCUGAGCUCCAUCCUGGGAGAGGCUGCGGCGGCUUCUCUGAGUCGCCCUGGGUGGUGCACUUCGCACGGACCUCUCAUUUGAGGAGAGCUUUGACCUGUCAGCAUGGAAACCUAUUGCGUUGCUGGUUGCGCAACAGAAUGAACGUUCAGUGCUCCUGAAUACUCGAUACUAGCACUUAAUCACGGAUUUGGGUGCGUGACGUUAGAUGUGAAGACGGUACAGCUGCCUUCUGUGAUGACCCCAGCUGUCCUAAACCUUAGGCAUGUUGACGCUCACACCCCGGCUGUGAGAACUGUGACCUUCCCAGCUGCAGACACAAGGAAGAGCACUCUCGCGGCUACCUAUCCCGGGGCCUGCCCGUCUUUCCUGUUCUGGAGCCCACAGGUGCUCUGCGUACAUCACGUCUCCAACCGAUCAUCCCAUUUUAUUCCCUGCAAAGACUUUCCACCUUCGGUCUCUAGCUCAGUAUUUCUCAACAGGAGUAGAUCCGAAGCUGAAGGAAUGCUUGAACAGACUCCGAGGGAUGCUGUUCUGGUGGGAUCACCCUUGGACGUCAAUCCGUGGCACGUUGAUAAUUUAUUAAGUGUCCGUCAUUUGCUCUUUAGGCUUUAUGUACCUGCAUGAAGGUCAUUUGGUUGUAUUUGAAACGUCUCCCAACAAGGGUAUGUCGGGGUACUUGACACCUGUCACCUGAAAAUACAUAAGGAAGACGCAGAAAGGAGAAUGCAGUGGGCAACGGGUAAAACGAGGCCGCUGGCUGAGACAUGGCUGCGCUUGCUCCAGGUGACCCACACAGAGGUGGAUGGAGGUCCUCAUCGUGACGUCAAAAUGUGUGACCACAGCAGACGUGUCAAGAGGCCACAAGGUCGUGUUAUCCUGUAAUAAAUUAAACAAGAAGCGCGCUGGAAUGAGGUGGCCCUGAUAUGUCCAUAGCGAACACAGCAAACCAAAACCAGCAAAUGCACUCAUCCCCAAGGAAAUGAAAUUUGGGGAAGGACCAAGCACAAACAGCCGUCCAGCUCACGUUUUUAUCUCUGGCCAAGGAAAAUAAGAAGGCACUCAGCGCCUUGUGAUGAAGCUCAGGAGCCUCUUCGUUGCUCUGUCUUGGAUGUGUGUACUCUUAAACCCAUGCCAGUCCCAAGAGGUACAUGAUGAUAAGCCUAAUAUAGUCCUGAUGAUGGUGGAUGACCUUGGGAUCGGUGACUUGGGCUGCUUCGGCAAUGACACAAUCAGGACGCCUAACAUCGACCGCCUAGCCAGGGAAGGGGUGCAGCUAAACCAUCACAUCGCCGCAGCCUCCAUGUGCACCCCAAGCCGGGCUGCCUUCCUCACGGGGAGAUACCCCAUCCGAUCAGGAAUGGUUUCUAACGCAGUGGAUCGUGUCAUCAUCACACUUGGAGCCCCCGCGGGACUCCCUCAUAAUGAGACGACGUUUGCAGCCUUACUGAAGAAGCAAGGGUAUAGCACGGCACUGAUAGGCAAAUGGCAUCAAGGCUUAAACUGCCAGUCCCGAUAUGACCAGUGCCAUCAUCCGUAUCAUUAUGGGUUUGAUUACUACUAUGGCAUGCCAUUCACUCUGAUUGACCCCUGCUGGCCAGACCCCUCUCGUGACACAGAAUUAGCCAUCAGGAGCAAAAUAUGGCUUUGUGUGCAGCUGGUCGCUGUUGCUGCACUCACUUUCGCCCUGGGGAAACUGAGUCGCUUGGUCUCUCUUCCCUGGUCCCUCAUCUUCUGUAUGAUUCUUUUUAUUUUUCUGCUGGGCUACUUUUGGUUCUCCAGUUACAAAUCUCCUCUGUACUGGGAUUGCCUCCUCAUGCGGGAGCACGAUAUCACCGAACAGCCCAUGAAGGCAGAGCGAGCUGGCUCCAUCAUGGUGAAGGAGGCAAUUUCAUUUAUGGAAAGGAACCGUGAAGGACCUUUCCUCCUUGUUUUUACCUUUCUGCAUGUACAUGUGCCUCUCCCCACGACAACCGAGUUCAUUGGCACCAGCAAGCAUGGCUUAUACGGGGACAACGUGCAGGAGAUGGACUCCAUGGUGGGCAAAAUUCUUGAUGCUAUCGACAAUUUUCAUCUGAAGAACCGCACGCUUGUCUACUUUACAUCAGACCACGGAGGGCAUUUGGAGUCACGGGUGGGCCACUCCCAGCGUGGCGGGUGGAACGGAAUAUACAGAGGUGGGAAAGGCAUGGCCGGCUGGGAAGGUGGAAUCCGUGUUCCGGGACUCAUCCGCUGGUCGGGAAGAUUGCCAGCUGGGAAAGUGAUUGAGGAACCUACCAGUUUAAUGGAUAUUUUCCCCACGCUAGCAGCUGUAUCAGGAAGCUCGGUCCCUCAGGACAGGGUGAUUGACGGCUGGAACCUCAUGCCCCUACUUCAGGGUGAAGUCCAGCGGUCAGAGCAUGAGUUCCUUUACCACUACUGUGGCGCGUUCCUUCACGCCGUGCGCUGGCACCCCAAGGACAGUGAUGCAGUGUGGAAGGUUCACUACGUGACACCCGUGUUCCAGCCGCCAGGAGCUCACGCCUGCUUUGAGACCCUCUUUUGCCGAUGUUCCGGCAAACUAGUCACCUACCACGACCCUCCUCUGCUCUUUGACCUCACCAGGGAUCCCUCUGAGUCCACACCUCUGACACAGGACACAGAGCCCUUGUACGAUGUCGUGAUCAGACAGGUGGCCAACGCCGUGAAGGAACACAGGAAAAGCAUCCUUCCCGUCCAGCAGCAGUUGUCUGAAUUGAAUUAUGACAGCCCGUGGCUGAAGCCCUGCUGUGGAGUGUUCCCAUUUUGCCUGUGUGACACGGAGGGAGGCACCUCCACUGUGCGGGCAUAAGGGGAAGCAAUGAUUGAGAUCGAGCAGUCAAUGUUGGCCAAUAUGGCACCUGCAAAAUUUCGGGAAGGAACUGGAGAGCCAGUGGGUUCAUCUACCAUUGCAGGAUGACUAAAUGCCCAUUGGUUGUGACGCUAUCGUUAACUUCUUUUCUGCUUUUGGUGAUAGGUGUGUAUCUAAACCUGUCUUUCGGUGCUAGAAAACACGCGAUGGCAUCCAUUUGUGCCAUUGUCUCUGUUGCUCUCCAAAGCAAACUCUCCCUAUAAGGUCCUGUGUGCAUCUAACUGGCUGAUGGGGAACGGAAAAAUAGCCACUAUUAAAGCAUCAUAAUUGAAAUUAC